AUGAAGGAGUUGAGGCAUUUGAACUUGUCAGAUGCAGGAUUCAGUGGGAGUAUCCCUCAUCCGCUUGGAAACCUCUCUAAACUCAUUUCCCUGAAGCUCUCUUCAGAUUAUUCUUUGAGUGCCAAAAACCUAUGGUGGUUGACAAGCCUACCUUCUCUCCAUUACCUCCACAUGUCUUAUGUGAACCUUUCCAUGGCAAGCCAUGAUUGGGUGCACGUAAUGAACAUGUCUCCUUCCCUUGUUGAGCUAAGCUUAUUCGAUUAUGGUCUUUCAUAUAUUUCUCCAACUCUUUCUUCUGUUAAUUUCACAUCUCUCCGUGUCCUUGAUCUCUGUGGUAACAACUUCAACUCUACCAUUCCAAACUGGAUAGCUAACAUUAGUAGCCUUGUGUCCUUGCAUCUCUCAUAUAACAACUUUCAUGGUGAGGUUCCUUAUCAAUUUUCACAACUUCCUAACUUGGAAGUGCUGGGGUUGGGAUCAACUGAUGAUAACUUGAGGGUUGAUUGGUCAGAGUUCCUUGAAGGCAGCUGGAGGAAGCUGAAGAUACUUUAUCUAUCUUUCAGUCAGCUGCAUGGAGGAAUCCCCAACUCUAUUUGGAAAAUGACAUCACUUGAGUCUCUCUCUUUGUCAUUCAGUGAGAAUAUAACAGGAAGCAUUCCAAGAGCCAUAACUAAGCUUAUCAAUUUAGAGAGGUUGUCUUUGGAUGGAUACAAAAUGCAUGCGGUCAUUCCCGAUUGGUUAUAUGAGCUCAAAAAUCUUAAACACCUUACUCUCAUAUAUUGCAUGCUGACAGGCCCAAUCCCUGAAGCUCUUGGAGGAUUGUUUUCCUUACAAAUUUUAUCUCUCCGUGGGAAUCAGUUGAAUGGGACAAUCCCAACAACUUUAGGACAACUUUCUAACUUGUAUUUGCUUGACCUCUCUGACAACUCCUUGACGGGAAACGUGUCUGAAAGUGUUUUUGAAAACCUCACAAAGUUAAGUUUUGAAAAUCUCUUAGCGAUGAAGAAUGAUCAGAAGAUAAAUCAUGUUCUUUCCUAUGGAGGGGCGAGAUCAUCAUAUUACAAAGAAAACUUGCUUGUGUCGGUGAAGGGGCAAAUGCUUGAAUACACAAAAACAAUUUCGCUGGUUACAUGCAUUGACAUUUCAAGAAAUAACUUAUCUGGAGAGAUCCCUGAAGGACUCAUAGGACUUUUGGGAUUGCGUGCUUUAAACUUAUUUGGAAAUCAUUUGACCGGAAAGAUCCCAGACGAGAUUGGUAAAUUGACAUUGCUAGAGUCUCUUGAUUUCUCUGAAAAUCAGCUUUCAGGUAUAAUUCCUCUAAGCAUGUCAAAUUUAACUUUUUUAAGUUGCUUGAACUUGUCAUUUAACAACUUGUGGGGGGAAAUUCCAUCUGGAAAUCAGCUCCAGACAUUCCAAGAUCCUUCUAUUUAUAUGGGCAACAACAGACUUUGUGGACCUCUUCUUCUAGAUAAGUGUGCUAGCGAUGAGACUCCUCCAGGUCCUGGUGACCUUGAAGAAGAUGAAGAAGAGGAUGAGAUUCGUUGGUUUUACUCUGGGCUGGGACCAGGAUUUGCAGUUGGGUUUGGGACCUUAUGUGGCAUUUUAGUGCUCAAGAGGUCUUGGAGGAUUGUCUAUUACCACUUCUAUGAUGAGAUGAAAGAUAGACUUUUUUACUAA